AUGCAACACAAAGAGUUUCUACAAGGGAUCAACAAUGAUGGACAACCUCAAGCUGCCUUUGUCCAAGACUUUCAAGAAGAACUGAAGGAAUGGUUGGCAACUGGUGAUCAGAUCAUUGUGGCGGGAGAUGUCAAGGAGUCAGUUUUUCGUACAUCUGUUGAUAGUCUGCUCAGAUGGGUGGAUGUUCCUACUAGAGUGCAUUGGGGCAUGUCCCACCCUCUGUUGUUACUCCAAAUGCGCGAAGGCUACAGUUGUACAACUCCAGAGUUAUCGAGAAGCAGUAAAUUGGUGGAGGCUCACCAAGAUUGA